AUGUCUGGGAGGAAAGAUGAUCGAAUACAUGCACGUCACGCGGGCUAUAAUACUCGGUACAAUAUUGCCUCGGGACUUAUGAAUGACUUUAUGAUUGUGACCAUAAUGCUCUACAUCCUCUGCCACACUCAUACCCUUCUGCCUCGACCUGGAGGCAUUUUGGACGCUCCAAAUUGGUUUCCUAUAGAACGACAAUCGAAGGCCUUUUGA